UAACUGAACCAAAACAGAAGCCGUAUUCUCUUCUAUCUUCACUUUAAUAACCUCGAAGGAAUAAAAAAGAGAGUAACCAAACCAACAAGUUGUGGACAGAGACCCCAUAAAUAGUCUAGUUUCCCUGUUCUUUGAUUCGAUCAUCAUCGAUGGAAAGGUACGACAUACUGAGAGAUCUUGGCUCCGGCAACUUUGGAGUUGCAAAGCUCGUCAGAGAGAAAGCCAACGGAAAGUUUUACGCCGUUAAGUACAUCGAAAGAGGCCUUAAGAUUGAUGAACAUGUACAGAGAGAGAUCAUAAAUCAUAGAGACUUGAAGCACCCCAAUAUAAUCAGAUUCAAAGAGGUUUUUGUAACACCAACACAUCUUGCCAUAGUAAUGGAGUAUGCAGCAGGCGGUGAACUUUUUGAAAGAAUUUGCAGUGCCGGUAGAUUCAGCGAAGACGAAGCAAGGUACUAUUUCAAACAACUUAUCUCGGGAGUUAGCUAUUGUCACGCUAUGCAAAUAUGUCACAGAGACCUUAAGCUCGAGAAUACACUUUUAGAUGGGAGCCCCUCGUCGCAGCUUAAAAUAUGCGACUUCGGAUAUUCGAAGUCAUCAGUUCUACACUCUCAGCCAAAAUCCACCGUGGGAACUCCGGCUUAUGUUGCUCCGGAGGUCCUGUCCCGAAAAGAAUAUAACGGGAAGAUUGCAGAUGUAUGGUCGUGUGGGGUAACAUUAUAUGUAAUGUUAGUUGGUGCUUAUCCCUUUGAAGAUCCAGACGAUCCAAGAAACAUUAGAAAAACAAUUCAGAGGAUAUUAAGUGUACAUUACACCAUACCGGACUACGUCAGGAUUUCCUCCGAAUGCAAGCAUCUCUUAUCUCGUAUCUUCGUUGCUGACCCUGACAAGAGAAUAACUGUACCGGAAAUCGAAGAACACUCCUGGUUCUUGAAGAAUCCAGGGCCGGUUAUCUCAGAUAAGAACAUAGUGGAAGAUGAAGAAGAAGAAGAGAACUGUGGGCAGAGUGUUGAAGAAAUAGUGAAGAUAAUAGAAGAAGCGAGAAAGGAUGUGAAUGGUAAGAAUGACAAUGGUGGAUUAAGCUUAAUAGAUGGAAGCCUUAUUGAUCUUGAUGAUAUUGAUGAUGCUGAUAUUUAUGACGAGGUCGAUGACGAUGAUGAGGAGAAGAAUGGUGAUUUCGUAUGUGCUCUAUGAAUUCAUAUCCAUAUUGCAUGUGUAUGUACGUGAAUGCAUGUAUUUUAUGUGUGUAGCUUGAGAGUAUCCGAGGAUUUGGUGUUGCAUGUAUUCGUAUACUUAUAAGUGGAAAUAAUUAACCACUAGUACGUUUCAAAUUUUUAAAAAAGUUUAACCACUAAUAAAGUCAAAUAAAGUAGUAUAAGAUUUGUGAGUCA